AUGCCCUACUAUCCACAUACCCGUAAUGCGCCGCACCCCCGCCGCCUUCAGCGCAGAGCGACCGACGACAGCAAGCAGACAACCAUCAUCAUCGCCGUCUGCGUGGGCGUCGGCACAGCGCUCAUCCUCCUUUUUCUUAUUCGCGUCAUCUGCAGAAUGCACGCCCGGCGACCGUCGAAUACGGCGCCAUUGCCGCCGGUGCAGCCGCUUGCUCAUGACCGUGAACGACGUCUAGCCCAGUUAGACGCUUGGCGGGAUUCAUCGUAUCCUCUCGCCGUUCCGGUCACAUUCGGUAGCGCGGCUGGGGGCAGUAAAACCUCUUUGCUGACCAAAGAAGCGGAGAGCGGGUUUCAAGAGCCUUCUCGUCAUGCAAGUUUCAUCCACAGCGAGCAGGGAGUCGACGAUAUCACCGUUCUUGCAUCUACCCGCCCAAUGGAUCCCUCACUGCCACUACCGAAUCCUUCAUUUCAUCACGAUAGCGCGAGUUCUAGCUCUCUUGGACUCAGUAGUGAAAGCGACCUUGGAUCAGGUUCACCAACCCCACCUCUCACGCCUUCGCUCUCCCAUGCCUCCUUCGUACAGCCUACCAAUUCUGGUUCGCGAUCGGGUUCACCUUCUACACCACCUCCCACCCGUACGACAUCACGAAGGCGCCCAGUGUCAUCAGUCUCUGCAGCAAGUAUCCGCACGACACGCUCGACACGCAACACCAUCCGUGGCACACCUCAUAGCCCUCAUAGCAACGUCCAGAUCAUCCUUCCAGCGCCUCUCGCCCCGGAGGUGUUCCAUUACGCGACGAAUGAUGAUCACAGCGUGUAUGGACGUCGGAGUAUCCAUUCUGAUCCGUCGAACCAUAUCAGGCGGAUGAGCCUCGCUGACAAGUGGGCGCCAGGCUCUCUCAGCACCGCUGCGCGUCAAUCAACCAUUUCAAAUAGCGGCGAGCGACCUCCGCCCAUCCCCAGGCCUCCUCGUCGUUCCUCUUCUACUCCCCACGGCCUGGCCUCCCGAUCCUCUCCUCCCUCUGCGUUCCAUGCCUAUGUCAACUCGGUUCCUCCCGUACCUCCGAUACCCUCUGUUCGCGAUGCCCACAGUGCAAUUGACCUUCCUAUGCGUGCCGUUACUCGACCGCCGAACAUGCCUUGA